ACCGCUUCGCUGUACGGGAGUAGUGAAGGAAGAACGUUGAAAUCGGUUCGAAAUCGGCUUCGUAGUCCUUCCUUUAGCUCAAAUUUAAUACUAGAUGAACUCCUAAAGGUCGGUCAUCACUAAUGAAGUCGAUAUAUUUACAAAUUGGAUCAAAUGUGAGGAUAUUUGGACCUUAGAAAAAUUGGAACUUGGUCGAAAGAUGAGUGAAGAACCAAUAGCUGUAGCACUCUAUGAUUACAAUGCUCAAGGAAAUCAAGAGCUCUCAAUCAAAAAGAAUGAAAAGCUUAUUAUUAUUGAUGACUCUCAAACUUGGUGGAAGGUGAGGAAUGAGCAUAGCCAGUCAGGUUAUGUCCCUUCAAACUAUGUGGAUCGCAAGGAUUCAAUACGCUCUAAACUCAAGAAAAAAUUAGGUGGCGGAAAAGGAGGCAAUAAGAAGGGACAUUCAGACAGCAAUGGAUUUGGAAAUGAACCUAACCAAUACUGCACACCAGAAUCAGUGCUGGUACCCACACACAAAGCAAUAUGCACAGUUGUAGCAAAGUUUAAAUAUGAGCCCAGGAACAAUGAUGAACUAGAGCUUAAAAAGGGGGACCUUAUAUACGUCCUUGAGAAGGAGCAUGAUGGGUGGUGGAAGGGUCGUUGUGGUUACAAGCAAGGUUGGUUUCCUUCAAACUAUGCAGAGGAGCCUGAAACACCAAAUUUCAAGGUUGUAACACUGUAUCCAUUUAGCUCMUCCARUGACGAGGAAUUGAAUUUUCAGAAAGAUGAGAUAUUAGACAUUUUGCGGCAACCAGAUGGAGACCCUGAUUGGUGGGAGGCUAAAAAUAGCAGUGGCAAUAUUGGUCUGGUCCCUAAAAACUAUGUAAAAGUCUUAUCAGAUGGAGGAGCAACAGGGCAUAUUGAUAACUCGGUGAGCCGACCAAUGCAUUCAAGCAAAAGAUUACCCAAAUCUCCAGACAGCCAAGAUUUUCAACGAGUUAUCAAGCCAUCACAUAGUGCUUUGCCAUUUGCAAAUGAGAAAUGGUUUUGGGGAACUAUUUCAAGGGAAAAUGGAGAGCGUCUUCUUGGCGUGCAUGGGGAUGAUGGAGAUUUUCUUAUUCGGGAGAGUGAAACAGUGAGUGGAGACUAUUCAGUGUCAAUGAAAGCUCCUGAUCGCAUUAAGCACUUCAGGAUUAAAACUCUUGACAACGGCUUCAAGAUUGGAACUCGCACAUUUACAUCUUUAGACAAUCUAAUUGAACACUACAAAAAGGCUCCAAUAUUUACAAAUGAGCAAGGGGAUAAAAUGUACCUUGUCAAACCUGUAGACAAUAAAUAAUAUGUAUCGGUACAUUUUUUUUUUACAUUAAGUAUGAAUUCUGCUGGUUCAUCAGGAAAAAUAUGGAUAACGACYGUCCUUUCUUUUUGAAAUAAUUAAAGUUCAUGGCACUGUAUAAGACAGAUAACUCUCUGUCCAUGGAAUAUGCCAAACAAAGGCAUUAAGUAUAGAGUGUAAAACAGAAAAAGGGACACUGUAGGUUUGCUCUUUUAACCUUAUGAAAAGUAAAUGCAGUAAUCACAUAAGAACAAAAGUUGACAUAAAUUUCUAUGUUCUUACUAUUAGCYUAAAUAUUUAUGCUUUAGGAGUGAAUUCUUAAGAGUUAAUGUUAGACAACUACAGGAAAGAUGUUACGUAAUAGUGUUAUUUUCCAAUGGAGARCUGACUUUUGAAGAUUUUAUUGGGAUUAUUUGYUGUCAAACCCCAUCCAUUCUUGAGUAAAGUUAAUAUUAGGUUGUCACUCCUCAGUUGUUCAUCAUUUAUGUCCAGUAGGUUAAAAGUGCUAAUUUUAGUUGGGUUAAUUGUACCAUAAGCCCAGGUCCUUUUUGAAUUCCAGAGAGGCCAAUACUGAAGCUAGGCAUAGAUAUAGUGAGAGCUGUUUUCAUUGAGCCAUGAAAGAUUAUGUAGUUGGUAUCAAGUUGUCUGAAUCUAUUGUCUUUUGCUCUCGCAAAUAAGGCUGAAUGAAAAUGACUUUUAUUCUA